AUGUCAAAAGUUGACGACUGCAUCGAGGACGAGGUGCCUGCAGUACGAAGUGCCAGCACGUUUGACACCUCCUCAACGUCGAUCGAUACUAGCAGUAGCAGUAGCCGUAAAACUCGCCAAAAGCUCAUGAGGUUCGAGCCAUCGAGUUGCUCACUAGCAUCGGAGAUUAUCCUCUUGCGGGAGCUCAAACUCGUACCGGUGAAGCUGUACCCGUUGCAGCUCUCUCGAGCAAUGCACGUCCGUCUCUUCUUGUCGCGCAUCGAGUGGAUCGCCAUCCACGAGGUCCUCGAGCGUGACGAAGGGGUUGUGUACUACGUCCUGAACGUGUACCAGAAAUGCCAGCAAAAGGGACUACCAGCUACUGCUGCUCGCAACCGAUCGACAAGACAAGUUCGGUCGUACAAGACCUUACCGGAUUCCGAGCCGGAGACUCGACGUCCGGACUACCAGAUUGAACAGCGCUACUCGAGCUUUGCCAGACUGCGGUCGAACGUAGCAAGUGCAGCACGGAAAUACCAUCCCAAGUGUCGAGUGUGUACGUACUGCGUCAGUGUCCUGGACUUCCUGCACACUUCGCCAUCGAGACCCAAUCUCAAGGUCAAGUUUACAACGCAACCUGACGAGCGGAAGGCUAUCCUGAGCUCGUUUAUUAACCAACUGGUGCAAGUCGUACGUGACGACUACUUGUCGUGUCCUCGGACGUUAAAGCGGGGUUUCCACGUGAUUCCAGCCCUUGUCCAGCGGUUUCUAGCGGAACAAACUGGUGAGUCGUACUUCUACUCUUGA